AUGCGCCGAUCUCGAGAACCAUCGCUGGCGCCGGCCGAAGACGCGGUUGAGCGUCCUGCUCCAGGCCAUCCGCGUAGGAAAUGGUCCUCUGCUCUUAAGGUCGUACAUGCUAUGACAAGAUUCAAGAAUAUGCCGGCGAAACAAGUGAGUGCUGAUUUUGAAAAGGGUUUUUUUUAUUUUGAAAAAAGUAAAAUUUGAAAAAAAAUUUUUUUUUUAAAUGAAAUUUGAAAAAAGUAAAAAAUGUUAAAUUUCAUUCACAUUUUAACAAAAAAAAACAAUUUUUUUGAAGUUUCAACAAAAAAGUUAAAUUUAAAAGUGGCAAACCUUGUGCAAAAACCCCCCGAGGCUUGUUUACUUUUUAAAUUAUUAACUUCUUUCAAAAGCCACUUUAAAAUCCUUGUCAACAAGUGAAGUUACGUCGAAUCCGAAACUUGAUACAAUUCGCUACACGUCGAGAGCCGGGGAGAAUUAAAAAGAUACGCAAAUUUUGUUAAACUACACGAAUUCUGUCAUAACAUCAGUAGGGACAUAGCAAAGGCUUGAUACGUACAUAGCAGGGCCUUGGUGCGACAGCUGCCAAGAAUGAGUACGAACACAUCAAAGCUUUGGUACUAACGCUUUAAAAGAUGAGUACAAACAUAUCAAAGCCUUGGUACGAACGCAUCAGGAAAUGAGUGUUGACGCUCCAAAGGAUGAGUACGAACACUUUUAAGUCUUGGUACGAACACAAUGAAGGCUUGGUACGAGCGUUUCAAUAAGUGGGUACAAACAUGUCAAGGCCUUGGUACAAAUACUUUAAAGUCUUGGUACGAAUCCAUAAAUGGUUUGGUACGAACGCUUCAAGGAUUAAGUAUUAACGUUUCGAAGAAUGAAUACGAACGGUUCAAAGUCUUGGUACAAACAUAUCAAGACCUUAGUACGAAUGCUGCAAAGACUGAGUACGAACAUCUUAAUGUUUUAGUACGAACGCCUAUGAAAGAUGAGUACAAACGCUUCAACGAAUGA